AUGUCAAUCAAGAAGGCGAAAGGCUCGUGGCUGAGCUGGCUGAGCAGGUCAGGAAAGAACGACUUGCGAAAGAAGAAGCUGAACAACGUGCGAAAAGAGAGCAAGGGAAUUCUCGAAGAAAGCACAAGAAAGAGAUGCGAGAAGCAGAGCUUCGAGCGAAACAGGAAGCCGAGCAUCGGGCGAGGCAAGAAGCAGAGCAUCGUGCAAGGCAAGAAGCAGACUACUGGGCGAGACAAGGAGCAGAGUAUUGGGCAAGACAAGCAGCAGAGCAUUACGCAAGACAAGCGGCAGAGCAUCACGCAAGACAAGCAGCAGAGCAUUACGCAAGACAAGAAGCAGAGCAGCAUGCCAGACAAGAAAUAG